GUCCCGGGGCUGCCGGUUACUCUUCUGAGAGCCUUUCAGGAAAGCUGAGGGUAGGGGGCAGAGAAGCGGGAGGGGCAGGUGGCAGGCAGGCCCAGCCCCGUGUACCAGCCCAGGGACACCCACGGAAGCAACCAUGAACUAGAGAUGGUGCAACCCGGGCGUGCACGUGUGUGCAGCCCGCUGGCAUGUCUCUAUGCCCUGUGGGCACCUGUCGAGUGAGUAGCUCCGGGUGUGGCUGUUCCUGGAUUCUGUGGGUUUCAGUAAGAUUUGUAUCUCCUGGCCUGCCUCCCCCAUCUCCAGAGGGUAACUAAGAAGUUUAACUGAGUAGGGACUGAGGAGAUUAAAGGAGUGGAUCUCAGAGACGAGGCGGCGGAGAGGGUGGGGACUGCGGGCGCAGACUGUAGGGAAGCACCUAUUUGACCCAUCUCCCAGCUAGAAAGGAAUCCUGAAAAGACUGGUGUGACCCAUGUGGCUCUGAAAUGUCUGGAGAGCCUCGAGCGGUGAUGACCACAGAGUGAGUGGCACUAAGCUGAGCCUGUCUAAUACGUGGACAAGAGGGAUGCUAGCAUUCAGAAAGGCCAGGAGGAAACUCAGGAUGGGGACCAUCUGCUCUCCCAAUCCCAGCGGGACAAAGACGGCCUCGGAGGUCUGCAAUGCCGACUGGAUGGCCUCGCUACCCCCUCACCUCCACAACGUGCCCCUUUCCAAUCUGGCAAUCCCAGGGUCCCAUGAUUCAUUCAGCUACUGGGUAGAUGAAAAGUCCCCAGUGGGCCCUGACCAAACCCAAGCUGUCAAACGCCUUGCCCGGAUCUCCUUGGUGAAGAAGUUGAUGAAGAAAUGGUCUGUGACUCAGAACCUGACCUUCCGGGAGCAGCUGGAGGCUGGGAUCCGUUACUUUGACCUACGUGUGUCUUCCAAGCCUGGGGACACUGAGCAGGAAAUCUACUUCAUCCAUGGUCUCUUUGGCAUCAAGGUCUGGGAUGGGUUGAUGGAGAUUGAUGCAUUCCUCACUCAGCACCCUCAAGAGAUCAUCUUUUUGGAUUUCAACCACUUCUACGCCAUGGAUGAGGCCCACCACAAAUGCCUGGUUCUGAGGAUCCAGGAGGCCUUUGGGAACAAGCUGUGCCCAACCUGCAGUGUGGAAAGCAUGACACUAAGGAGCCUAUGGGAGAGGAAUUACCAGGUUCUCAUUUUCUACCACUGCCCCUUCUACAAGCAAUACCCAUUCCUGUGGCCAGGCAAGAAAAUUCCAGCACCCUGGGCAAACACCACAAGUGUGCAAAAACUGAUCCUCUUCUUGGAGACCACCCUGAGUGAGCGAGCCCCACGUGGGGCCUUCCACGUCUCCCAGGCCAUCCUCACCCCAAGAGUGAAGACCAUAGCCCGAGGCCUGGUGGGAGGCCUCAAGAACACACUCGUUCACAGGAACCUCCCUGCCAUCCUCGAUUGGGUGAAGACUCAAAAGCCUGGAGCCAUGGGUGUCAACAUCAUAACAUCCGACUUCGUGGACCUGGUGGACUUUGCCACGACAGUGAUUGAGUUGAACGACCUUCUGGAGAACCAACCUCUUACUAAAUGUUGAAUUAGCGUUUUGUUUAAUUUGGAUGUUGAGGUUGUUGAUCCAAGGUAGGAUUCCAGAGUGUUCCAUUAGGAUGGCUCACUCCUGGGCAGUCAUGGGGAAGUGAGGAAAAGAAAGAGGGCCCUCCCCUCCCCACCUUUUUUUCUCACAUAGCUAUUGGGAUAAAAACACAGGGGUUUUCAUUGCAUUUUCUCCAAAUGAGACUUUUGAAACCUAAAGUCAAGGGAAGAACACAUAUUUCAUAUGGCCAAGGUCAUAAUCUCUCCAGUGGCUUAGGGUGGCAAAUGGAAGAUAGAAGUAUGGUUUCCAGGUUCCAGGGCUCCGCAGCAUCUUGUCUUAUGUUCUGGGGUCACUUGAGCCUGUGUGAAGACUAAGUCAGCAAGGCACUUCUGGUCAGAAGAAUGGUACAUGCAGGCAUGAACCGUCCUCUGAGAGUCUCUGCCAUCAACGUAGAGCUCUGAGGAGCUCCAGGGAGCCAAGAGCUAGGUCUCUCUUAAACUGGACAGCAUUCACACUUCUCUA